ACUGAAGAAAGGAACUUGCUACCACUGGGACCUGCUGGUGAUCGCUGCCAUCAACGCUGUGUUGUCCAUGCUGUGUUUUCCCCUCGUGCACGCAUCUCUGACUCACUCCUCGCUGCACGUGCACGCAUUAGCAGAUGUUGAGGAACGCGUCGACAGAGGUCAAGUUCAUCAAAUAAUCGUUAAAGUGAGAGAGACAAGGCUGACAACGAUAUUCUCCCAUGUGUUGAUUGGCUUGAGUAUGAUGAUCCUGGGUUUACUUGCCUACAUCCCGGCCCCAGUCCUCUACGGCAUGUUUCUAUGCAUCGCUGUGACGGCGAUGUUUAAAAACCAGUUCUUUGAGAGAAUACUUCUGUUU